AUGGGUGACCUGCAGGGACGCAAGGUUUUCAAGGUCUUCAACCAGGACUUCAUCGUCGACGAGCGCUACACCGUCACCAAGGAGCUCGGCCAGGGAGCUUACGGCAUUGUUUGCGCCGCCGUCAACAACCAGACUCAAGAAGGCGUCGCCAUCAAGAAGGUCACAAAUGUCUUUAGCAAGAAGAUUCUCGCCAAGCGCGCAUUGCGCGAGAUCAAGCUGCUCCAGCACUUCAGGGGACACCGCAACAUCACCUGCCUCUACGAUAUGGAUAUUCCCCGACCUGAUAACUUCAACGAGACCUACCUGUACGAGGAGUUGAUGGAAUGCGAUCUCGCGGCUAUCAUUCGAUCCGGCCAGCCUCUCACCGACGCCCACUUCCAGUCCUUCAUCUACCAGAUCCUCUGCGGCCUCAAGUACAUUCACUCCGCCAACGUCCUCCAUCGCGACCUGAAGCCCGGUAACCUGCUGGUCAACGCCGACUGCGAGCUCAAGAUUUGCGACUUUGGCCUUGCGCGUGGUUUCUCCGUCGACCCCGAAGAGAAUGCCGGAUACAUGACGGAGUACGUUGCCACCAGAUGGUACCGUGCUCCCGAGAUUAUGUUGAGCUUCCAGAGCUACACCAAAGCUAUUGAUGUUUGGUCGGUGGGAUGCAUUUUGGCUGAGCUUCUCGGCGGCCGACCCUUCUUCAAGGGCCGUGACUACGUCGACCAGCUGAACCAGAUCCUCCACAUCCUCGGAACCCCCAACGAGGAAACACUUUCCCGCAUCGGUUCGCCUCGUGCCCAGGAGUACGUCCGCAACCUGCCGUUCAUGCCCAAGAAGCCUUUCCCCAGCCUGUUCCCUCAGGCCAACCCCGACGCCCUCGACCUUCUCGACCGCAUGCUUGCCUUCGACCCCUCAAGCCGUAUCAGUGUCGAGCAGGCUCUCGAGCACCCCUACCUUCACAUCUGGCACGACGCUUCGGACGAGCCCGACUGCCCCACUACUUUUAACUUCGACUUCGAGGUUGUCGAAGAUGUCGGUGAGAUGCGCAAGAUGAUUCUCGAGGAGGUCUACCGCUUCCGUCAGCUCGUCCGUACUGUCCCUGGAGCUACCCAGGCUGGCUCCCAGGCAGCUCAGCAGGCCGCCGCUGGGCAAGUGCCCAUUCCUUCUGGUCAGGCUGGCUGGACGUCCUCCGACCCCCGACCCCAGGAGUACCUUGGUCACGGCCAGGGCAACGGUCUGGAGGCCGAUCUCGCCGGCGGCCUCGAUGGCAGAAGGUAA